CAGAUAAUCAUAGGGUCUCCAAUUUCGUAAGGUUGCCAUUUCCUCUUCUAUUAUCGCCAUUUUGAAUGGCGAAGCUCUUUCCGGUUCACCGUUCAUGGUGGUGAAUGUGUUGAUGGUUAUUUUGCUCAUAAUUUAAUAAAUAUUAGACAGAAAUUCCAGGAAGAAUGGUGGACGAUUACGAUGAAAUCCAAGCGGGGGCUAUCGCCGCGCCCCAAAUGGCGGAAAUGCCAGAAAUUAAAUUGUUCGGCCGGUGGAGCUGCGACGAUGUUCAAGUCCCAGAUAUGUCUUUGCAGGACUACAUUGCCGUAAAAGAGAAGAAUGCCAAAUAUUUACCUCACUCAGCAGGUCGUUAUGCGGCAAAAAGGUUCCGCAAGGCCCAGUGCCCCAUUGUUGAAAGAUUGACCAACUCUUUGAUGAUGCAUGGGAGGAACAACGGCAAAAAAUUGAUGGCCGUCCGUAUUGUCAAACAUGCGUUUGAAAUCAUCCACCUUCUAACUGGAGACAACCCACUUGAAGUUUUGGUUAAUGCCAUUAUUAAUUCUGGCCCCCGUGAAGACUCAACCCGUAUUGGAAGGGCAGGUACCGUUAGGAGGCAAGCCGUUGAUGUCUCUCCCUUGCGUAGGGUGAACCAAGCUAUUUGGUUAUUGUGCACAGGUGCAAGAGAAGCCGCAUUCCGUAACAUCAAAACGAUUGCGGAAUGUUUGGCUGAUGAACUCAUGAAUGCGGCAAAGGGAUCAUCCAAUUCGUAUGCUAUUAAGAAAAAGGAUGAGUUGGAACGUGUGGCUAAGUCUAAUCGUUAAUUGUAUUCAUGUCCUUUUGUUACAUUGGGGCAAAUAAAGAAAACAUUUCUAA